GUCAAAUAUCAUUUUGUGUCGAGUGUAUUUCAGUAUUUUGUAUACUUUUAUUUUAUAAAACUUUACAUACCAUAUAAAAGCAAUGAUAGUGAUAACUAUAAUUUUAUUGUUCUUACCUAAAAUAUUCUCUGUUGAACCGGAUCGUAUCAAUGUCGGCACAGUAUUGUUUUCGCCUGAAGAAAUAAAGAGUGUAAGCUGGAGUGCUAACAACGUAGGUCUGCUGAGAGCCAGGAGAUACUUCCAGCACCUGAUACCACCCCCAUCCUUAGUAGAUCCCUCCAUAGAUCAUUUCGCAGAUACAAUUCUUGAUUACUUCUCUGACGCCGUCGAUUACAUUAAGAGAGAUGAAAUGGAUCCGUUGACAUCAGAAAUAUUAACUACUGCUGUAUCUGAUAUCAUUGGAGGCUACAUGAAAGCUUUUGUCAUACCAGUCGCCAAAUACGGUUAUUACGGUGGAACCGUAACUAAAGACGAUGCUCAGAAAAUUUACCAAUUCUAUGACGACAUCAUGGAAUACUUGAAGACUAAUGGGUCUCAGUGGAGAGAUUUUGAUGGCAAUUUCGUAAAGCCUUUGAACAUUAUUGCAACGUUGCCAACUGACAACUCCAGGUCUACGAGAGACUACUGCGCACACCUAACUUUUUACGAGGAAACUCCUUCUGGAUACACAAUACCGCUACCAACCAUUAACUUCGAUACCCAAAGUCCCGUUAUGUAUGUCCCACUAAAAGGAACUUCUAUAAUUGAUCUCGAUUCACCUAACUCAUCUGGCACAUUACUUAAUUAUUAUCAAGCUGCAAAAAAGUGUCUCAAAACUAGAAACCCAUCCACUGAAGCUGAGUUUGACUAUAGAUUCCAUACUUGGUUAACUGGUGAUGUUAUUGCACAUAUUGGUGAAGAAGAUAAUCACCUGUUCUAUGCUCUAGGUGGUAUAUUAACAUUAGCAAAUGUAGAAAAUAAUAUGACCAAAGGAAAACCUCCUCAAUUUCCAUUGAAACAUUUGGGACAAAUAAAGAAAAAACUUCACAAACCUUACCUACAUAUUAAUUUUGCAUCUAAAAAGAUAAUGAUUUUGGCCAUUCUAUUGUUUCUUGAAGUGGUUUGGUGUAUACCAGCAUUACUUUACAUGCUUUAUACGAGGAGAAAAAAAAAGAGACGUGGUAGUAAUCUAGUUUUCGUGGUCAACCCUAAAAAAGAUUCCACAAAUUUCUGUUCAAGUUCUGAAAGCGAAUCAGAAUCCGAAACACCUCAAAUAUAUUGUGAUGAUGACACAUGUGACAAAUUGAAACAGUGUAGAACCAAAUUUUUGCAAAUAAAAGAAGCAGCAGAUAGGGUUAAUUUCAAAGAUAUUUCAUCACAAACAAGUGAUACUUGCAAAUUUUCAAAAUCAACCACAAAUCGUUCCUGUUCAUGUUUUUCAAAAUCAUGCUCAACAACUUCUGAUAAAAUGUGGCCACGGUCACUAUCCAAUCUUUCCCAGAUGGUGAAACCAAGUGAAAAUCCUUCCCUGGAUGCGGGUGUUCCCGCUGCUAGUCCACCGACCAAAAAAUCUUCCCGUGCCAAUCGUUCUCCGACUAAAGGGCCAACUGCCAAGCCUUCUAAAGACGCAGGACUGAAGCCAGGAGAAACAGGUACCGAUCUUUCUCAGAUUACUGAUCAAAAUAUCAAUCCUUCCAUGCAUCCACGUUCUCGAGCCAAAAGUUCUCCCAUGAAAGAACCACACGCUAGUCCUUCUCAAGAUGCAGGAGAAAUACGUACUGACCGUUCUCAAGUUAAAGGACCAAGCAAAAUUCCUUCUCCGAAAGCACGUUCUCGCACCUUUAAUCCUUCUGUUAAAGGACCAAGCGUUCAACCUUAUCAAGACUCAGGACACAAUGCGGGAGAAUUACGUACCGAUCGUUCUCAGGUUACAGGACCAAGUCCUUCCCCGCAUACACGUUCUCGCGCCGCUAGUUCUCCUACUAAAGAACCAUACAUUAUUCCUUCUCCACAUGCAGGAGAAUUACGUUCCGAUCGUUCUCAGGUUACUGAACAAAGUCCUUCCCCGCAUACACGUUCUCGCGCCGCUAGUUCUCCUACUAAAGAACCAUACAUUAUUCCUUCUCCACAUGCAGGAGAAUUACGUUCCGAUCGAUCUCAGGUUAAAGAAACAAGCAUAAGUCCAUCCCCGCAUGCACGUUCUCGCGCCCCUAGUUCCCCUAGUAAAGAACUAUACACUAGACCUUCUCAAGAGACAGGAGAAACUCGUUCUCAGGGUACAGCACCAAGCAAAAAUCCUUCCCUGCAAGCACGUUCUCGUAACUAUAGUUCUUCUAUUAAAGGACCAAACGCUCAACCUUAUGAAGAUGCAGGACUCGGUGCAGGAGAAUUACGUACCGAUCGAUCUCAGCUUACAGAACAAAGUCCUUCCCCGCAUACACGUACUCGCGCCCCUAGUUCUCCUACUAAAGAACCAUACUUUAGUCCUUCUCAACAUGCAGGAGAAUUACGUUCCGAUCGUUCUCAAGUUAAAGAACCAAGCAUAAGUCCAUUCCCGCAUGCACGUUCUCGCGCCCCUAGUUCCCCUAGUAAAGAACUAUACACUAGACCUUCUCAAGAGAUAGGAGAAACACAUUCUCAGGGUACAGCGCCAAGCAAAAAUCCUUCCCUGCAAGUACGUUCUCGUAACUAUAGUUCUUCUAUUAAAGGACCAAACACUCAACCUUAUCAAGAUGCAGGACUCGGUGCAGGAGAAUUACGUACCGAUCGAUCUCAGGUUACAGAACCAAGUACUUCCCCGCAUACACGUUCUCGCGCUCCUAGUUUUCCUACUAAAGAACCAUACUUUAGUCCUUCUCAACAUGCAGGAGAAUUACGUACCGAUCGUUCUCAGAUUACAGGACCAAGCAUAAGUCCUUCCCCGCAUACACGUUCUCGUGCCCCUAGUUCUCCUACUAAAGAACCGAACGCUGAUUCUUAUCAAGAUGCAGAACCUAUUACAGGAGAAAUACGUACCGAUCGUUCUCAGGUUACAGGACCAAGCAUAAGUCCUUCCCCGCAUACACGUUCUCGCGCCCCUAGUUCUCCUACUAAAGAACCGAACGCUGAUUCUUAUCAAGAUGCAGAACCUAUUACAGGAGAAAUACGUACCGAUCGUUCUCAGGUUACAGGACCAAGCAUAAGUCCUUCCCCGCAUACACGUUCUCGUGCCCCUAGUUCUCCUACUAAAGAACCGAACGCUGAUUCUUAUCAAGAUGCAGAACCUAUUACAGGAGAAAUACGUACCGAUCGUUCUCAGGUUACAGGACCAAGCAUAAGUCCUUCCCCGCAUACACGUUCUCGCACCCCUAGUUCUCCUACUAAAGAACCAAAUGCUGAUUCUUAUCAAGAUGCAGUACCUAAUACAGAAGAAAUACGUACCGAUCGUUCUCAGGUUACAGGACCAAGCUUAAGUCCUUCACUGCAAGCACGUACUCGUGCCAAUAGUGCACCUAUUAAAGAACUAAAAGCUAGUCCUACUCCGACUAAAGGGCCAACCGCCAAGCCUUCUAAAGAUGCAGGACUUGAUGCAGAAGAAAUCCGUACCGAUCGUUCUCAGGUCACAGAACCAAAUAUCAAUCCUUCAAUGCAGGCACGUUCUCGCGCCAAUAGUAAUCCUAUUAAAGAACCAUACUCUAGUCUUUCUAAAUAUGCAGGAGAAAUACGUACGGAUCGUUCUCAGGUUACAGGACCAAGUAUAAGUCCUUCACUGAAUGCACAUUCUCGUGUCAAUAGUUCUUCUCUUAAAGGAUCCACCGCUAAAUCUGCUAAAUCUUAUCAAGGAGCAGAACUUAAUGCAGAAGAAAUACGUACUGAUCGUUCUCAAGUUAAAGGACCAACCACCAAUCCUUCUCCACAUACACGUUCUCACGCCAAUAGUUCACCUGUUAAGGGACAAAGUGUUCAUUCAUAUCAAGCUGCAGAACUAAAUGCAGGAGAAACUCGUGCCGAUCAUUCUCAGGUUACAGGACCAAGUAUCACUACUUCCCCGGAAACACGUUCUCGCGCCAAUAGUUCUCCUAUUAAAGUACAAAGUAUUCAUUCACAUCAAGAUGCAGGACUAAAUGCAGGAGAAACUCGUGCCGAUCAUUCUCAGGUUACAGGACCAAGUAUCACUACUUCCCCGCAAACACGUUCUCGCGCCAAUAGUUCUCCUAUUAAAGUACAAAGUAUUCAUUCACAUCAAGAUGCAGGACUAAAUGCAGGAGAAACACGUGCCGAUCGUUCUCAGGGUACAGGACCAAGCAUCAAUACAUCCCUAAAUGCACGAUCUAACGCCAAAGGUUCUUCUAUUGAAGGACCAAACGCUAAUCCUCAACAAGACGUAGGACCAAAUACAGGAGAAAAACGUACCGAUAAUUCCGUGAUUACAGGAUCAAGUAUAAAUCCUAUUCUAAAUGCAAGACCGUGUCUGCAUGAAGGAGCAACAUACACCAAUACUUUUCAAAUUACAGGAUCAAGCCUGAAUCCUUCCCAAAAUUCAGAAACUCGCACUAGUCGCUUUCUAAUCGCAAGGUUUACAGAAUCAAGCACUAAUCUUUCUCUGGAAACUAGUUCACGUAUGAAUUAUUCUCAAAUUACAGGAUCAAGUCUGAACCCGCCCCUGGAUGUAGAGCCAUGCACCAAAUGUUCCCAGAUAACAGGACCAAGUUUCAAUCUCUCCUUGGAUACAGGGGCAAGUGUCACUUGUUCUCAAAUUACUGGACCCAGCGUCAAUUCUUCUCUGAACACAGGAUCAAACUCCAACUCUGCAUCUGAUCCACAAGGAAAAGUACAUGUACCUGAUUGCAAAAAUGUAAAAAAUGAAAGCAAAAAAUACAGAUCUAAUCGACACAAAAAGACUUACGAAGCUAAAGAUACUACCAUUACUAAACAGCAAUAUAAAUCUAGCGAUUUUGAUUCAACUCAAAGAAAAGCUGAAAGUAGUUUUUUCAAAGGCAAGUUGAUGCGGAAAUGUAAAAGAAGCGAGCAGACACCUACACCUGCAGAUAAUACCAUGGAUGCAUCACCAUGUUCUGUUACAUGUACUAAGUUAUGCCCACCCGGAACAUGUGAUUGUAAACGAUUGAAGCGGACACCAACAAAUGUAGGUGCUAUAAUAACGCAUGUAAUGAAAAUGCCUCACGCAGACACCGUGGGCGCGAUUCCAAGUGCGAUCUGCCCUGACACAAAUAGUGAUCGUAAGCAGUCAAGAAAAUCUAACCUCAGUGCUAUAAUGGCACAUAUAUCUGCCAUUGAUAACACGAGGGAAAAAACAUCUUUAUGUCCUGAUUGCCCUCAAGGAAAUUGUAAUUGUAAAAAAAUAAAAUCAAAUAUUGGUGCUAUAAUGACUCAUGUUUCUCCCGUGAUACAUGAAUCGCAUGUGUCACAUGUGUCGCAUGAAUCCCAUGAUAACCCAAUGGGUGUUCCAUGCCCAGCGUAUCCACAAAGAACUUGUGAGUGUAAACAUUUGGGAAAAUCAUUAACACAACGAAAGACCGAAGAAGCCAAAAUAGUACAAACGUGUAACACGCGCAGCAGUCACAUGCCAAUUUUUGACAAACCAAGAUAUAAUGACAACCUAACAUUUGGUUGCAAGUCCAGUGAUGACAGUAUGAAAUUUGAAUCCAGUACCAGAGUUAUUAGAAAGAACACAGAUGAAUUGAUUAAACUCAUUAAUACAAGUGCAUUGUUAGAACAGCCUACUCAAAGUUUCUACGAGAAACGUAGUAUAUCCAGCAGUGAGAGUGACUCGAGAGUUGAAGAGUUAAGGACAUGUCCAACCAUCACUUUGUUUGCAGACGACGAUUCCAGUGGACAAAGUACGAAAACAGUGUAUAGUAAUUUUGAAGAAGCCACAACGAGCGAUGAGAACGAUUUAAAAUGGCACUUACGUGAAAUGGAACACACUGUGCAUUGUACAUUAAAAAGAACUGUAAGCCCACUCUUAGGAAUUACAAUAGAGAAACCAAACACGUCUAUAUGCGUUGAUAUAACAACGUGUAAAAGCAAAAUACCUACAAGAGUCUUAAGUAAUGCCACAUCGAAUCAGAUUCCACCUCAUCGAAGACGGCAGCUGGAAGCUCGUGCAGGCAGCAGAAUCCCAAUGCGAAUAAAGAGAACCUCUGAUGAUAUCCAGGUUGCAAGCCACACAGCCGGCUCAUCUUCAGAUCCUAGGUUAAAUGUAACUUUAUAACAUACUUAGGGUUAUAUUAGUUAUCUAGGUUAUUUUAUACUAUUAUAUGUAUUUAUAAGC